AUGCCAUCUCGGAAUCGCUCUCCAGAUAGUCGCUCCGGCAGUGAGAGCGACCCAUCAAGAUCACCCUCGCCAGAACCUGGCGCAGCUCUGAAACGAAAGAGAUGCACCAGCCGUUCACUGUCAACAGUGGCCAGCUCCUCUUCUCCUUCUCUCUCGCGGUCCAGAUCACCACCGCCAAGGUCCAGAAGGAGAAAGUCCAGCAGAGAUCGCUCACCCCCAUUCAGCAGCGGCGAGGACAAGGUCAGCAGAAGGAAGGCCGCUCGCGCACGUGACGCGUUGGAAGAGGAGGCAAAGGCAAACGAGGUUGCAGCCAAGGGUGAAGCGCUGCGCUCAACUUUGGCUCAACUUUCGGCUACAAAGGCCGGAGGCGCUUACAUUCCACCAGCUCGCCUGAAGGCACUGAUGGCGGAGGCUGCCGCUGCAGAUCCUGGCAGUGUAGAGUAUCAACGUAUGAGUUGGGACGCCCUCAACAAAAGCAUUACCGGUCUCGUCAACAAGGUUGCGGCGGAAAACAUCAAGAGCAUUGUGCCAGAGCUCUUCGGAGGAGCCAAUCUCAUUCGUGGUCGAGGUCUCUAUUGUCGCUCCAUCAUGCGAGCACAAGCACUGUCUCUCUCCUUCACACCCGUCUUUGCCGCGCUCACAGCCAUCGUCAACACCAAGCUUCCCAUGAUCGGCGAGCUGCUUGUCAUCCGCCUCGUAUCACAAUUCCGACGCUCAUUCAAACGCAACGACAAGACAGUUUGCAAUUCGACAGCCAUGUUCAUUGCACAUCUCGUCAACCAAAGGGUAGUGCACGAAGUGUUGGCUCUUGAAAUCCUCGUUCUCUUACUGGACAAGCCAACGGACGACAGUGUCGAAAUCGCCGUGGGAUUUAUGCGCGAGGUCGGCGCCUUUCUUGCUGAAGAGGUUCCGAAGGCCAACAACAGCAUCUUUGACCGCUUUCGAGCCGUGCUUUACGAAGGCGAGAUCAGUAAGCGUGUGCAGUAUAUGAUCGAAGUUCUUUCACAAGUGCGUCGCGACAGUUUCAAAGACAACCCGCACAUCCCGGAGGCACUUGACCUGGUGGAAGAGGAUGAUCAGAUCACACACAGAGUCAGCCUGGACGACCACUUGAACGUUGAGGAAGGGCUCAACGUCUUCAAGAAAGACCCUGACUUCAUCGAAAACGAGGAGCGAUACCGCUCCAUCAAAGCCGAGAUCCUCGGGGAAGACGAGGAUAGUGACGACAGUGGUUCAGAUGCUGAUAGCGAGUCUGGCUCUAGCACAGACGAUAGCGAAGAUGGCGGCGAGGAUGAUGCGCAACGCCAACUCGAGAUCCACGACAGAACCGAGACCAACCUCAUCAACCUUCGAAGGACCAUCUACCUCACUAUCAUGUCAUCUCUCGACUUCGAGGAGAGUGUUCACAAACUCCUGAAGCUUGAAAUCCCCGAUGGGCAGGAUAUCGAGCUGUGCAAUAUGAUCGUCGAGUGCUGCUCGCAAGAGCGAACUUAUAGCAAGUUCUACGGCAAUAUGGGAGAGCGCUUCUGCAAACUCCACCGCAAGUGGUCAGAUAACUUCGAGCAAAGUUUCCGCAAUUACUACGAUACCAUUCACCGGUACGAAACCAACCGCCUCCGCAAUAUCGCUCGCUUCUUCGGCCAUCUCUUCUCCACUGAUAGCAUCAGCUGGGCAUCGCUCUCGGUCGUGCAUAUGAAUGAGGAGGAUACCACCAGUAGCUCGAGAAUCUUUGUCAAGAUCCUGUUCCAAGAGAUGCAGCAACAGCUCGGCCUCAAGGUGCUUGCAGAACGUUUCAAGGAGCCCAGUCUUCAGGAAGCCUGGCAAGGCCUCUUCCCCAAAGACAACCCCAAAAGCACGCGUUUCUCGGUCAACUACUUCACCUCGAUCGGCUUGGGUAUUCUCACCGAGGACAUGCGAGAGCAUCUCAAGAACGCACCCAAGAUCUUGCUCGCCCAGAGGCAGGCAGCAUUGGCAGCGAGAGGAUCAGAUGACAGUGAUACCGACUCUUCCAGUGUUCUGAGCAGUAGCUCGGGCUCCCGCAGUCGCAGCUCCUACUCGUCACGGUCUCGCUCAUCGCGCUCCUACUCGUCUCGGUCGUAUUCCUCGCGCUCGCGUUCGCGCUCACGGUCUCGCUCUCGCUCUCGCUCAUACUCGACUGAUUCUUACUCGAGUCGAUCUUACUCGUCAAGAAGUCGAAGCUACAGUCGCAGCCCAAGCCCGAGGCGACGUCGUAGGAGAAGCAGGACACGUUCGGCCUCCUACUCCUCAUAUUCGUCCAGGUCGCGUUCAAGAACCAGAUCUGACUCGCGGUCCGUCUCGCCGCGACGUCGUCCACUCUCGCAUUCGCGCUCCUUGUCGCGUUCGCCUUCGCGCUCACCUUCUAGAUCUCGCUCCCCGUAUGCUUAUAAAGGGCGCGGGAGGCGCUCUCGUUCUCGAUCAGAGGACGCAAAGCCUCGUCGUGCUCGUCGGUCCCCAUCCAGGUCGGUCUAUUCCACUUCUGAAUCGGAUAGAUCCAGAUCGCGUUCCCCAUCCCCGGUGCGACGACGUCAACGAUCACCUUCGUAUUCCCGAUCGCCAUCUCCGCAGCCGCGAAAGUGA